AUGAACUUACCUGUCAUACUCUUCUGUACGUUACUACAAUACCUAUACUGCAAUGUAGAAGCAGCUGGAGUAAAAGUGGCUUCAUUCCGAUUCGAAUAUGUCAAAGCUGAACUGAUUUUAGCUUUGUUUAUUGUUCUUAUUGGGUUUUUUAAACUUUGUAAGUUUUUUUUUAAACUUUAAAUCAUGAUUAGUUUUAAAAUGACAUUUAAAAUAGAGAUAAAAGAGAAUAUUGCAGUAUACCACCACUACAAGUAUCCGAGAGCUUUGAUACCUGAAAGUUGUUGCUUGAUCAUACUGGGUGUUUUUCUUGGAUUAAUAUUUUUGUAAGUGUACUUGGCUUUACUUUAGCUAUAAUGAAGAUUUACGUUUAGGUAAGGUAGGGUAGGGUAGGGUAGGGUAGGAUAGGGUAGGGUAGGGUAGGGUAGGGUAGGGUAGGGUAGGGUAGGGUAGGGUAGGGUAGGGUAGGGUAGGGUAGGGUAGGGUAGGGUAGGGUAGAGUAGUAAUAAUAUAUUACUCUUUGCAGCUAUGUCAACGCCGAUAGUCACACAAAUCCAGUCAAGUUUUUAGAAUUUGAUUCAAAAAUUUUCUUCUUUUUCUUAUUACCACCGUAAGUCUAAUGCAACGUUUACAAUAUUAUGCUUGUAAUCCCAACAAAUUUCAGUAUUAUACUAGAAUCCGCCUACAGUUUGAAUGAUCCAGCCUUUUAUCACAACGUUGGAGUGAUUAUAGUGUUUGCUGUUUUUGUAAGUUUAGUCAAAGUUUCGAUUUCAUAUUGUCUUUAUAGUUUCUUAACUUCUUUAACACUGUUUCAUUUAGACCCACUAGUAAAAUACGUCUUUUCAGGGCACAGUAAUGAACAUAAUGUUAGUUGGAGGCUCUCUGAUUGCUUUGGACAAAUUUGGACUGUUUGGAAAGCUUGGGUUCAGCUCUUUGGACUGUUUAUUGUUCGCUUCUUUGAUUGCUGCCGUUGAUCCUGUUGCUGUGAGUUCUUAAACGUGUUUUUUUUUGUUUCAAUGUCUCUAAAUUAUUUUUUUUUUAUUUUACCAUUCUCAAAAAAAUUUUUUUUUAUUUUCGCCCCCCACACAAAACAUUUUUAUCGUUUACCACGCCCAAUAUAUUUCUUUGUUAUAUCACUCUCACAAUAUAUUUUUUUUGUUUUAUUUACCCUAAAAUAUUUUUUUUAUUUUACCACUCCUUAAAAUAUUUUUUUUCGUUUUACCACUCCCACAAUAUAUUUUAUUGUUUCACUACCCCCAAUGUAGUUGUUUUUGUUUUACCAUCCCUAAAUUAUUUUUUUUGUGUUUUACCACUCCCAAGAUAUAUUUUCUUGUUUUCCCACUCCCAAAAUAUAUUUUUUGUUUUACCACGCCUAAAAUAUAUUUUUUUACCACCCCUAAAAUAUUUUUUUUGAUAAGAAAUAUAGUAAGGUAGGGUAAUAUAAAGAGACACAUGUUGAUAAAACUGUAAACUUUUUUACCUAGGUAUCUUCUUUUAGGUCUUGGCAAUUUUCGCUGAAGUUGGAGUGAAUAAAACCUUGUAUUUUAUGGUUUUUGGAGAGUCAUUGCUAAAUGGCAAGUUUUUAGUUGUGCUAAAUUAAAUUAUAUUAUUGAAUACAGUUUUUUGUUUUACCUAACAAGGAAAGUGCCCGACCUGCCUCGCUCUGAUUGACUUCAAACUUUUUAUUUAGAAAUAUCAAAUAUAAGGUCUUCAGGUAAUUUUUCUUUGAUAUACUAGUAGAAAACCUUUAAAUGAACCCACAUUUUUAAAUUUGUAAGCGUAUCUGGUCUGGAAAGCCGAAAAAAGUGCUUGAAACACAAUGCCAAAUUUGCCAAAUUGGCGGGAAACCCUAAUAAUUUAAAUUUAAAACUCAAAAGCGCAAGCUAAAGUUUUUUAUGGAUACUAUUGGUGGUACAAAGAAGUCAUAUAAACAUUUUGAGCUGAUUCUGAGCGGGGCAGAUCGGGUACCUUCCUUGUAAGCUUGCCUAUAAAACAUGGCAGUAUUUUAAAAAUUUUAAACAAAUUUCCAUGCAUUUUCAGAUGCCGUAACUGUAGUAUGCUACAAUCUGGUGGAAGACUUCAAGAAGCUUGAUAGUGUCACUGUUUUUGAUGUAAGUUCAUUUUAAGAUUUUUUUAGGUUUUCUAGGACUUUACACUAUCUAUCUACCUAUCUUUCUCUACGCAACUUUGCCGUACCCUAUAUUAUUUUUACCUCACUUUACAUUAUCGUAUUAUUGGUGAAACUGCGAAUUUUUUUCAGGUUUUACUAGGCAUAUUAUCGUUUUUGACUGUAAGUUUUGGAGGAUUAUUCAUUGGCCUAGCUUGCGGAUUACUUUCUUCCUAUGUCACAAAGUUUACUAUCAGUGCUAGAGGUAUGUUUAUUAUUCUUAUUAAAAUACAAUCCAUCAAUGCGCCGUAUUUUACUAUCAUAACUACUUCUAAAACCCCUAUAAUACUAUUUUUCUUUUUUUUUAAUUUAUUAGGUUGUAAAUCAAAGAUUAAGCUACGUCACACAACGAUAUUUACAGUAAUGUCACUUUUCAGUUGUGGAACCAGUAAUAUGUUUGGGAAUGGCAUAUUUGUCAUACUCAUGCAGUGAACUCUUUCAUUUUUCUGGAAUUAUUGCGUAAGUCUACCCUACCCUACCCUACCCUACCCUACCCUACCCUACCCUACCCUACCCUACCCUACCCUACCCUACCCCUACCCUACCCUACCCCUACCCUACCCUACCCUACCCUACCCUACCCUACCCUACCCUACUCUACCCUACCCUAUCCUACCCUACCCUACUCUACCCUACCCUACCCUAUCCUACCCUACCCUACCCUACCCUACCCUACCCUACCCUACCCUACCCUACCCUACCCUACCCUACCCUACCCUACCCUACCCUACUCUACCCUACCAUACCCUACCCUACCCUACCCUACUUUACCCUACCCUACCCUACCCUUACCUUACCUUACCUUACCUUACCUUACCCUACCCUACUAUACUACUACGAUUUUAGUAUAAUAUGUUGUGGUAUAGUGCAAGCCAGGUACACCAUCAAGAACCUCUCAACCAAAUCCAACAUUUCCAUUUCUUAUGCAGUAAAAGUGAUCAGCUCCGUGUCAGAAUCUUUGAUUUUCAUCAUUCUGGGCGUUAUGUUGGUAAAUGAAAAAAAAUUGGUUUUGGAGCGAUUGGCACCCGGUUUUCGCCUUCACUUCGCUGGUUUUGUGCCUUUUGGCUAGGUUUUUUGGGUAAGGCUUACAAUUCUUUAUAAAACUUUGGAAAGCCUAUUAUUUUGCUUUUAAAAUGAAAUAAAGCACAGUAAUUUCAGUUGUGUUUGGACUGAGUUACAUAGUAAACAAGGUGACCAGCAGCAAUCGGCAUAUAUCGUUCCGGGAGCAAAUUAUUAUGGUAAGAAGGUUUAACAAAGAAAUUCUUUGAAAAUUUUUGGGCGGUCUAUUUAAAAUGGCAUUAGAAACCAAAAAAACAUUUUUUUUUAAUUUUAAAUUUUUUUUCAAGCGACAUGUUAUAUAAAAAAAGUUGUUUUUGAACAUAUUUUGUUAGUAUAAUGUGUCUCUCGGGACAAAAGUUGGUUUGAUAGUAUAAAAUGGUACUAAGAUCCAAUAUUUAACAUUUUUUAGUCAAAGCAGUAACAAUUUUUUACAAGGCGAUAUGUUAUACGACAAAAAUUUCUUUUGGACAUAUUUCAUCAUAUAACUAGUCUUUUGGCAUUAAAAUUGGUUACAUAGUACAAAAUGCUACUGAAAAUUGGUAUUUAACAUUUUUUAAUCAAUAGUAAUUUUUAAAAGGGGUCAAGUUACACGAAAAAAACUUUUUUUAGACAUAUUUCAUAGUAUAACAUGUCACUACAUUUUAAAAUGACAUUUACAGCCGGAAAGUAUCAUUUAAAUUUACUUAAACACAAAUUUUAUAAAAUUUGUUUAUUAAUUUGUUGUGGCUCAAAUAUAUUAUACCAUCUGGGCAUAUUUCAUCGUAUAACAUGUCACUUUUAAAAAUUUUUAAAAAUUUUGUUUUUUUUUAGUUUUUAAAAAUAAUUUUAGGCUUAUGGAGGUCUACGUGGAGCAGUGUCAUUCUCAUUAGCAUUUAUGAUCAGCGAGUCCAGCCCAGCCAAAUCGACCAUUUUGGCCGCCACUUACCUUGUCAUCAUUUUUACUGUGUUUGUGCAGGUAAAUCUUAAAAUUUUUUUGUAAAAUUUGAAAUUUUAAACUUGGCGUUUAUUUUUAAAGUAACUGAUAAUAUCAUUAAUUUUAGGGCUGCAGCAUUGAAGGCCUGGUAAAGGUGCUCAACAUAACAUUGGCUAAAAAGGAUGACCAAUAUCGAUUGUUCAAUGCUUUCAACAAAGGAAUGCUACAACACAUGGCAACUGGGGUGGAAGAGGUUUUAGGAUUCAGUAGCACUUCUGUUUUUGUAAGUUUUUUUAAAGAAUAAGGCUUUGGUAGACUGUAGUAAGCUUAGAAUCAGGCUAAAAUUUAUUUGGAAUAGGGUUGUGGUAGGGUUUAUAAGGUUAAUAUAAGACUAGAGUGAAGUUGAAAACGGGCUCGCUAAGCGCAAGCAGGUUUUAGCUGAGGCCGAAGUAUACCAAAGCUAUUUUGAAAAAAGUCCGACCAAGGCAAGUCUAAAGAGGCCCGGGGAGUAUGUGGGCUUGAAGACUGGAGCCUAAGCAAGGCCCCAAGAGCCCAGUUUAGGUCCCGCAACGAAAGAUUUGACUUUGGAAAAGUGUAAAGCAAGACUCGGCCCGAAGGUGGGAAAAACCAAAGCCCUAUUAUUACUGGUCUAAUAGGACUAAAAUAAGUCUAGAGUAAGACCAAUACAGGUUAGGCUAAUAUAAGGUUAAAGUACAGGGGAAGGUAUCAAAACUAUAAAAAAACUAAGACAAUUUAUCAAAAACUCCGUUUUUAGAAAAAAGUAGCCGAAAUCAAUAGAAAAUACAUCCAACCAUGUCUAGAGCGUGACUACAAGAAAAAAGAUGCUUACGAACGGUUGGUAUUGCUGGAAAACGAGGAGCGGUUAAAGUAAGUAAAAGUAAUCAGGGUAAGGCGGGCUUUUUUGGUCUAGAGGCGGUAGCCGAAAAAAUUGGCACAGGAGCAAACAGUGGCAAUUUUUAUGAAAUUUUUUUUGAAAACUCCACAGGGGGGGGCCACGUGCAACUUUUUUCAAAAAUUUUUUUUGGUGCAGUGACUUGUAAGAGGAUUUUUAUGUUUAGAAAUACAAAAAUUUUUAUAUUUUAGGUAUAAAUCAAAGCUAAUUUUAUUUUUCCAGAGAAUCUUUACUGGACAGUUCGACAAAGAAGAACAUCAAUUUGACUUUAAGGUAAGUUUUAGCUAUUUUUAGCUAUUUUUAAAUUCAAAAAUAUAAAAAAUUUUGAACUUUAGUAGCAGCCAAGCAGAGUUGAACAAAUUCGAAAUACUGAACGAUCAUAAUGAACAAAUAGCUCGUAAGAAGUCAAGAGAAAGUCGUCGAGACAAAGAAACAACUAAAAUCAACAUUGAAGAAGAUGGCGACGUAGAAGCAGAAGUAGACGAUUUGAUAUACGAUCUGGACAAAAUCAAUGCUUUGGUUAGUGGAAGCUAUAGUGUAAGUCUGGCCCUGGUCCAGAGCCCUGGCCCAGAGCCCUGGCCCAGAGCCCUGGCAUUAGCCUAGAGCCUUAGCCCAGAGCCCUAGCCUAGAGCCCAAGUCCAGAACCCAAGCCCAGAGCCUUAGCCCUAGCCAAAAGCCUUAGCCUAAAACUGUAACCCUGCCCUAACCGACUUUGUCAUAGCCUUAUUCUGCCAUGCCCCGCCCUAUAUCUAUGAUUUACAUUUCGUCCACAUAAUAUUGAUUUUUUAAAAUUUUCUUUAUUUUUCUGUCCCCGGCUUUAAUUUACCAGCCUCAAACAAGCCCUAGUUUUAGCCCUAGCCCUAACUAAAGACCUCUGUUUAUUAAAUGAUAUUACAGUACCACGCCGACCGUAACUUAACAAACGAUGCAGCUUUUGACCGCCAAAGGAGUAUAAAAGGAUGGCAGAAGCACAUCAAUCGACUGCAUGAUCUUUCCUUUCAUGAAACGUAAGCUUUUAACUUAGUCAUUUAACAUGCAUAGGUCAUGUAAUAUAACCAUAACACUUUUUUAAAUUAAAAAACUAAAUUUUAAUUUUUUUUCAAAAUUUUUUAAAGAAAGAAAAAGCGUCGUUUAAUGGGUUUGCGACGCAGUGCUAACGUCAAGAAGAUGAGUAUCAGGCAUGGUGUUCUGGCUGCUUCUGCUGGUGCUAUGACUGUUGGAAACCGAACAUAA